AUGGAGGGGGCGAUAAAGGAAUUCGAGGCGGCGUUUGAGCCCUUCUUGAAGGAAUGGUCAACUCGACCGGGUGAGCCGGACUACACGAAAGAGGAGUGUAUCCAGAUUCGUGUCAAUGGCAAGGAGAAGAAGAUCUUCAAGUGUUGGCUGAGAGGAAAUGGCAGAGGAGCGAAAUCAAAGCUCGCCAAGUUACUUUUGCAGACCAGAGAGGGGUCUCACGCCACCACGGAGCUGAAGCUUCCCAAAGCAGGCUUCCGAGCCAGCAAAGACCUGACGCUGGAAGCUAAGCAGGCACUUUGUUUUGACAUGAUUCUGGUCUGGCUUUUAGUAGGCGAUGAUGUAUUCACUUCAGUGUUCGCGGGAUGCCGCCUCUGUUCUCGUGAACUGUAUGCGUUGGCAGCCUAUCUUGGGCUGGUUCAGUUUCAAGGCAUGAUUGAGAAAAACAAUUGGGACACCGAUCGAAUUGGAAAUGUAGCUAAUGUUGGCGAUGUCUCAAAAGAUCAUCAAGGCGUGGUCUACAAGUUCGUUCGUUGGAAAGGAUGGGGAUACAUAUUGGACAAGGAAACGAGAAAGCAAGUGUGGUUCCACAAGGACUGGGUGGUUCAAUCAGCACAGGGACCAACGUUUCAGGUUGGCGAGGAGUGUCUGUACGAUGCAACGAUGACCGGACGCGGCAAGAGACCAAAUGAUCCCAAAGCAGUCAAUAUCCGCACCCUGUCAGGUACACCCUUCAAAAAGCAUCAGGUUGAGAUGUUCUGUUGA